AUUGAUUGCCCGGCAGCUAUUGGCUUCUGGUAAAAUGACUCACUACUUCAUUAGUUGUUGUUUAACAAUCGCUGAGAUCAGAAGUGUUUUUAACAGUGUCAAGUAAAGUUUGAAUAUUCAUACCGCAAAAAAAUGGACAGCAAAAAUGGAUUCUACACAAUUGUUGCACCCGCCACAAUACAGGCGGACAUGGAUUAUUCGGUCACCAUAACCAUUGAUGAAAUUAAAGAAGCUGCCCGCAUUAAAAUCGGUAUAUUAGGUCCUUCUUAUACGGACAUCAAAACCAUUGAGGUCCAACCAUCAACCUCGGAAAUUGUAAAUUUUAAUAUUCCCGCAUUUUUGGAAGAAGGCAAAUAUGAAUUACACACAGAAGGAGUGGCUGGUCUCAUUUUCAAAAAAUCGGAGACUUUGGGUGUGGCUUACAACAAACCAAAAGUGUAUAUACAAACCGACAAAGCCAUGUAUAAACCCGGCGAUCUAGUGCAAUAUCGAAUUCUGGCCUUGGAUGAAAAUCUCAGACCAGCCAAACUCAAGGAACCUCUUAAUUUUGGCAUACGCGAUGGCGCGGACAACCAAAUCAAAUACAUCAAGGAUAUAGAGUUCGUCAAAGGUGUGCACAGUGGAAAAUUCCAAUUGUCCGAACAGCCAGUAUUGGGAAAUUGGUAUAUUGAUAUAACAGCUGGUGCGGAAAACAAAGAUAAAACCAAAAAGCACUUUGAAGUUGCCAAAUAUGUUCUGCCCAAGUUUACGAUAGAAAUUGAAACAGACAAAGAGGUUGCAAUUUUGGAUAAGGUGGUGAAAAUUGUAGUUCGUUCCAAAUACACGUACGGCAAGCCAGUCAAGGGUAAGGCAACAGUGGCUGUUAACUUUAAAUCAAAUUUUGGAGAUGGCCAGCUGGAAAAAGUGGAGAAAAGCCUCAACAUUAUUGGCAAAGGUCAGGUUGAGUUCAGUCUAAUGGACGACUUAAAAUUGGAAAAUUAUUUGGAUCAAUAUAUGCCUGAAAUUAAUGUUGAGGCCACCAUGACUGAAGAGCUUACCGAUUUGCAACAGAGCACAUCGACGACCAUUAGAGUGAGGCGUUCACGUUUUACCAUUACCACACCGGACAUUCAAGGGGAAUACGAAGUUGAUAAGUAUUUUGAAAUUAAGGCCAUAGUUAAACGGCUUAAUGGCUUGCCAGUAUCCAAUGCAAAAUCGACUGCUAAACUAAUGAUUGGGCAGAAUAAUGGAAAUGUAGUUCGGGGUUGUUUCCGGAGACCUUUUUACGGCGGUGGUUCGGGAGCGGAUUUGAUUUUCGAAAGUGAUAUCAAUGAAUGUGGCAUUGCUGUAUUCAAAUUGAAAUUAUCGAAAAAAGGCUACUAUGACAAUGUGCGGAUCAUGUUUGAAGAAGAAACUCAGCAUUGUUCCGGAUUUGAAAUUGGGAAAGAUUUAUCCUCAGAGUCUUCAGCGUCAACAAUAAAUUCGACUAAGCUAUUUGAAAUAUGCCCUCUGACUAAGGAUCCCAAACUUCACGAAGAAUUCACGCUGGCUGUUAAAUCUAAAAGUCCUUUAUCUUAUUUGGUCUAUACAAUAAAGGCUCGUGGAAGAAUCAUUCAGCAUAAAUAUAUCCAUGUCGAGGGGGAAAACAAAUACGAGUAUGCCCUACAUCUGAAGGCAACAUUCGACAUGAUGCCGAGCGCAAAAAUAUUCAUUUAUUUCAUUGAAAAUGGAGAAUUGCGUUUCGAUGAGACCACAAUAAAUGUUUGCAACAUGUUCGAGAAUAAGCUUGAAAUUAUGGCCCCAGAACAAGCAAAAGCAAGUGAUGUCAUCAAUUUAAGUAUCAAAAGUGAUCCAGACUCUUUUAUUGGGCUUUUGGGUGUUGAUCAGAGCGUCUUGUUACUGCAGACCGGCAAUGAUUUCGAUAAAAACCAGAUUUUGAGCGAUUUAAAUUGUUAUGAAAUCUCCUCAAAGCCUGGUUGUUUCUCAUUUCAUUCGUGGGACACUCCUGGUUUCAGUUCGGGAUUUGUUACACUGACAAAUGCCUCACUACCGAAGCCACCCCCUCCUCCUAUGUAUGCAACUUGCUUUUCGGCAGCACCAGCCAUGGCAUUUGGCGGACAAGCUCGGGGAGGACUUUUUGGAGCAGCACCCAUGCUUAUGCAAAGGUCUUUAAAGGCUCAAGCUAUUGAGGAAACUUGCGCAUUCAUUGAACCUCCAAAAAUACGAAAAGAUUUUGUUGAAAACUGGAUAUUUGACAACAUAGAGAGCACUGAUGCUAAUGGUACGGCAAGCUUUAGCAAAAAGAUUCCCGAUACGAUUACUUCAUGGGUUAUUACUGGAUUUGCAAUAAAUAAUAAAACCGGAUUCUGUUUGACAGAAGAAGCAACCAAAAUACGUGUCUUUCAGCCAUUCUUUCUAAGCACUAACCUACCGUACUCAAUUAAACGAGGAGAAAUUAUUGCCAUACCCAUAGUGGUAUUCAAUUACAUGGAACAUGAUUUGGAAACAGAAGUUACUAUGGAAAAUGACGACAACGAAUAUGAUUUUAUGGAAGAUUCGAGUGCAAACACACUUACAAAGAAAGUAGUUGUACCUUCGAAUGGGGCCGAAACCCUAACAUUUUCAAUUAAACCAAAAGUUGUUGGCGAUAUUAUGUUAAAAAUCAAAGCCCUUACGCCGCUGGCCGGAGAUGCAAUGCAUCAAAAAUUGAAAGUAGAACCGGAGGGUGUGACAAAAUAUGAAAAUCAAUGUCAUUUCAUGACCAUACCAAACGGACAGGCUGUGGAGCAUAAAUUGAAAGCCAAUAUUCCCAAGGAGGUCGUAUUGGAUUCGGAAUAUUUGGAAUUUAUGGUUGUGGGAGAUAUUUUGGGACCCACCAUUAAAAAUAUCGAUAAAUUGGUACGCAUGCCGUUCGGUUGUGGCGAGCAAAAUAUGAUAAAUUUCGUACCAAAUAUUUUGGUGUUGGAGUAUUUGAAGGCCACCGGUCGUGACAUGCCAUCGCUGGUACAAAAAGCCAAAAACUAUAUGGAGACUGGCUUUCAAAGGGAACUAACCUAUAAGCAUAAGAAUGGUUCGUACAGUGCUUUUGGCGAGGGCUCCAGUGAAUCGAACAGCUGGUUAACAGCCUAUGUGGCCCGUUCGUUUAUCCAGGCUCGCAAGUUCAUGACAAUCGACAGUAAAAUUAUUGAUGAUGCCUUAGAGUAUUUAUUGGGAACGCAAAAGGAUAAUGGCCAAUUUCCCCAGACGGGUCGAUUGUUUCAUUCUUCGAAUCAGAAUGAGUUGGGAGUGUCCGCUUUUAUAUUGCUAGCAUUCCUAGAAGAUAAGGAUUAUGCCCUGAAGUAUAAGCCCCAAAUCGACAAAUCUGUAAAAUAUCUUGCGGAGAAUGUGGCAAAAGAAGACAAUAUUUAUUCGCUGUCCCUCAUACUAUUGGUAUUCCAAAAAGUAAAUCAUCCUCUGGCAUCAAGUAUCAUUGACAAAAUACAAAGUAAAUCGCAAUUUGGCAGUAAUUUAAAAUGGUGGUCCAACUCUUUGAAAUAUAACAACAAUGACAUCGAGGUGACAGCGUACAUCUUGCAAUCUCUAUUGGAGACAGAAACAGAACCAGGAAAGCUUUUACCCAUUCUCAAAUGGUUGAUAGGUCAACGCAAUAAUUUGGGAGGUUUCGACUCUACACAGGACACAGUUGUUGGUCUCAAAGCAUUGGUGGCAUUUGCAGAAAAAUAUGCUGCAGCCGGUAAUGGGCACGCCAUGAUUAAAUUCCAAGGUGUUGAUGAGCAGGGAAUUGAAACCGCAUCGGGCAGUUUCAGUGUCGACCAAGAGAAUUCGCUAAUUUUACAAAGUCAUUUGUUACCCAAAUCGACUCGACAAGUUUGCGUUAGCGGUGAUGGUGAAGGAUCUGCAUUGAUACAAUUAUCCUAUCAAUAUAAUAUCAAUACUCAAAACACCAAGCCCAGUUUUGCACUUGAAUACACCGUCAACGCAUCAUCAUCAGCUCCAGGUCAACUGUCAAUGAAUAUCAUCGCUGAAUAUAAAUCGCAAUCGGAUGAUGUGAAAAGUUCAAAUAUGGUUGUCAUGGAAAUUGCUUUGCCCUCAGGAUAUACCACACACAAUGAUAGCUUAGAACCAAUUCGUAAAGUUUCUCGCUUUCAAAGGGUAGAAACUAAAAACGAUGAUACCGUUAUAGUUGUCUAUUUUGAACAACUUUGUACUGGAGAACCCGUUUCGUUAGAUAUUUUAGCAGACAAAUCUCAUGCUGUGGAUAAAUUAAAACCGGCUCCAAUUACAAUUUAUGAUUACUAUAAUGCCCAUGAACAGACUGUUGUGUAUUAUGAAGUAAAUGCAUAAAUUUGUUAUAGACAGUAUUUUAAUAUGUGAACAGUGUAAUAUAACUUGACAUGUGUUGUGAUACAAUGUUGUUAAAAGCUUUAAUUUGUUAAAUAAUAAAAUGUAUGUUAAAAUUUUAAAAAACCCAAGGCUGUUACUUUUA